AUGAAACGUUGGAAGUUUAGUAGUAGAUCAUUAAAUACUGAAAUUAAUAUAUAUAUAUAUAUAUGUGUGUGUGUGUGUGUAUCUUUUACUGUUUUUCAGGGUCGUCAAGAAGAUGCAGAAGAAUUUUUGUGUUUCCUAUUGGACGGUUUGCAUGAAGAAAUGGUGGCUGUAUUGAAGGAUCAGAACGAUAAAAGAUCUCAGGAAGCAGCAGCUAAUGGUACUCAGGAUGUCUGGCUGGAGGUCGGACCCAAAAACAAGACAAGCAGUUUGAGAAGUCCUGGAUUCCAAGAGUCACCUAUUAGUAAGAUUUUUGGUGGCAAGAUUCGAUCUGUAUUGAGAUGCCCUGGUGCCAAGGAUUCGGUCAACUUGGAACCUUACCAGUCAUUACCCCUGGAUAUCCAGCCUUCUAAUGUGAAUACAAUCCAAGAUGCAAUUCGCAACAUGACCUUGCCAGAGACAAUGCACGACUACAUGUCUCCAAAGGGUGUCUGUGUCGAUGCAACCAAGCAAAUCUACCUGGAGAAUAUUCCUCCUGUGCUGAUUCUGCACAUGAAACGAUUUGUAUUUGACAACGUUGGAGGUGUCCAGAAAUUACAGAAACAGGUUACCUAUGGUACCACAUUGACUAUUGAGCCUGAAUGGAUGGCACAAGGCUCAAAAUCUUCUGGUCCUGUCAGUUAUCAGCUAUUUGGAGUGGUAUAUCAUCAUGGUGUAUCUGCUGGUGGCGGUCACUACACAUGCGACAUUAAACGACGUAAUGGAGAAUGGCUUCACAUUGAUGACACAACCAUCACACCUAUCUCUGAGCAGCAAGUCUUGGUGACAGAGAAUACCCGCACAGAAUCCAUACAUACUGAUCAAACUGCUUACAUUUUGUUUUACAUGAGAGUAUGAAAAUGAAGAAAGAAAGAAAUGGGAAAAAAAAGGAUUUUUUUAUGAAAAAAAAAGUAUCAAUAUAUACAUAUAUAAAUAAAUGAAUAAAUGAAUAAAGAAUUAAAACAUAA